CAACUCUGUUUCGGGGAGACCUGCUGGGACAAAUCCUUGGGCACCAUGCUGACGGAUCUGGAGAGUGCCAUUAACUCCCUCAUCGAAGUCUUCCACAAGUACUCCCUGGAGAAAGGGAAUUACCACGCCAUCUACGCGGAUGACUUGAAGAGAUUGUUAGAGACGGAGUGUCCUAAGUAUAUGAAGAAAAAGGACGCAGAAACCUGGUUCAAAGAGCUGGACAUCAACAAGGAUGGUGCAGUUAACUUCGAGGAGUUCCUCAUACUGGUGAUCAAGGUGGGCGUGGAGGCCCAUGAAGACAUCCACAAAGAGUAGCAGAGCUUUGGGGCCCCGGGGCUGGGCCCCUGGACUUGUCCCCACAGAGUAAUAAAGUAGUUGAUACCUCA